GCCCUGUCUCAGUAGCGUCGGGGCUGGCGCGCGCGGCUAAUCUUAACGUUGCGCUGUUUGCCGGCUCUUCUGGGCCACCAGUUUCCUUACCUUCCACCCUGGCGCCCCCCAGUCCUGGUUCCCCGGCCUCGCUGCCCCGGGCGUCCACGCCUUGCGGGCUCAGCGGGCUCAAUCUGCGCAGCUCCUCCUCCAUGUUGACUAAGCCUCUGCAGGGGCUCCCGGUGGCCCCCAUGACCCCCACGCCGCCGCCAGGAGGCAAGGAUCGGGAAGCGUUCGAGGCCGAGUACCGACUCGGCCCCCUCCUGGGUAAGGGGGGUUUUGGCACCGUCUUCGCAGGACAUCGCGUCACAGACCGACUCCAGGUGGCCAUCAAAGUGAUCCCCCGGAAUCGCGUGCUGGGCUGGUCCCCCUGGUCAGACUCAGUCACAUGCCCACUGGAAGUGGCACUGCUAUGGAAGGUGGGUGCAGGUGGUGGACACCCUGGUGUGAUCCGCCUGCUUGACUGGUUCGAGACACCAGAGGGCUUCAUGCUGGUCCUUGAGCGGCCUCUGCCUGCCCAGGAUCUCUUUGACUACAUCACAGAGCAGGGCCCGUUGGGUGAAGGCCGAAGCCGCUGUCUCUUUGCCCAGGUAGUGGCAGCUGUUCGGCACUGCCAUGCCCGUGGAGUUGUCCAUCGUGACAUCAAGGAUGAGAACAUCCUGAUGGACCUCCGCCGGGGCUGUGCCAAACUCAUUGAUUUUGGUUCUGGCGCCCUGCUUCAUGAUGAACCCUACACUGACUUUGAUGGGACAAGGGUGUACAGCCCCCCGGAGUGGAUCUCUCGUCACCAGUACCACGCACUCCCAGCCACUGUCUGGUCACUGGGUAUCCUCCUCUAUGACAUGGUAUGUGGGGACAUUCCCUUUGAGAGAGACCAGGAGAUUCUGGAGGCUGAGCUCCACUUCCCUGCCCACGUCUCCCCAGACUGUUGUGCCCUAAUCCGCCGGUGCCUGGCCCCCAAACCCUCUGCCCGACCCACACUGGAGGAGAUCCUGCUGGACCCCUGGAUGCAGACACCAGCCGAGGAUGCAUCCCUCAACACUCCCAAAGGGAGUUCCACCCCUUUGGCCUGGUCCCUACUGCCCUAGUCCUGGCCAGGGCCCCCAUUAGUUAGAAUAGCCAUCCCAUGGCCACACCACAGGGAUAGAUGGACAUCUGUUGAUCUGGUUUUACAGGUCAUUAAAAAUCCAGUGUUACUAGGGUCAGAGAUUGGGGAUCAGGGGUCAGAAGACAUAAGCCAAGUUUACCUAGUCCCCAUCCCAAUCCUGCUAAGGAGCCUUCCUCCCAGAACGUACGCUCUCUUAUUCUGGAGGGGGUCCUUCUUUGCUUCUUGUUUUGCUAAGGGUGUUUAUUUGGUUGAAAUUACUUACAUUCUGAGCCUGCAGGGCUCUUAUUCUGAUGAGCAGUAACCCCUACACUGGCACCUCCUGCUACCACCACACAAACUUAGUUUAAAUGCUCUGACUUGGGCAAGGGUGCUUUCCUUCCAAAUACCCCAGCGGCUCUUAUUUUAGCAAAGGGACCCUUUCCCCUAGCCUAGGGUCCCAUAUUCAGUCAAGCUGCUUGCCUACCUCAGCCCAGGGUUGUUUAUUCUGGGGGAGGUAAGCCCUAUUGUUGUCCCAGGGCUUUUGUGUGUGUGUAUGAGGGGACCCUACUCUGUUAUCCCAAGUGCUCUUAUUCUGGUGAGGAGAAACCCCACUUUCAUGAUUUGGGAGGGGAUGGGAGAUGGACACU